AGACCUAGGACUCAGCCACCUACAUCAACCAGGAUCCUGUGACCAGAUUGUCCAGCAGAGAUGGCUCCAGGUACCCGAGUCUCCCUGUUGCUCCUCAUCACUUUCACCUUGCUGGGGCCACAGAGAGCUGGUGCCUUCCCAGCCAUGCCUCUGUCCAGCCUCUUUGCCAACGCCGUACUUCGUGCUCAGCAUUUGCACCAGCUAGUUGCUGACACAUACAAGGAGUUUGAACGGACCUACAUUCCAGAGGCACAGAGACAUUCCAUCCAGAGUACCCAGACAGCUUUCUGUUUCUCUGAGACCAUCCCAGCUCCCACUGGCAAGGAUGAGGCCCAGCAAAGAUCUGAUGUGGAAUUGCUCCGUUUUUCCCUUCUCCUUAUCCAAUCUUGGCUCAGCCCUGUGCAGUUUCUCAGCAGGGUCUUUACCAACAGCCUAGUCUUCGGCACUUCAGACCGGGUCUAUGAGAAGCUGAGGGAUCUGGAAGAAGGGAUCCAGGCUCUCAUGCAGGAACUGGAAGAUGGAAGUUCAAGGGGUGGCCUGGUCCUUAAGACAACCUAUGACAAAUUUGACACGAACCUACGAAGUGAUGAGGCACUGCUCAAGAAUUAUGGGCUGCUCUCCUGCUUCAAGAAGGACCUGCACAAAGCUGAGACCUACCUCCGGGUCAUGAAGUGCCGCCGUUUUGUGGAGAGCAGCUGUGCUUUCUGACGGCCGUUGGCUGCACCCUCACCCAUGGCACUGCCUCUUCUUGGAAGAUGACAGGGCCACCCCCAAAUAACAUACCUUUCCACUGAGAAAAUAAAAUUGCAUAAACC